CCCCCCCCCCCCCCUUCGCGCGGAGUACAUUUGCACGCGGAAUCGUGAAGGAUUUCUCAAGAUCAAAGCGCUGGGGGAGCAAGGCAGGCCAAUGAUCAGCCAUUAUUAGUUUCUGCUGAACGCCAUCACUUGCCACUUAGGUGUUGAAUUCUCACAAAACUAUUUUGUCUAGCGUGUGCUGAGAUGUCGCCGUCUAGUUCUUAGUUUUUCGAUUGUUUCGAAAACUUCUGUCUUCGGUCUGUGAAUCUAUUAUCGGUUACCUCUAAUACAAGACGGAGGUGUACAUUACAACACAACCUUCAAUUUGCAGAAUGCAGUGGUCCUAAGAACUUUUUCUGGCGACUGUUCUAGAUGCGUAUCUCAAGUGGAUUUGAUGGGGAAAGGACACAUAAGCUGUCUGGAAAACAUUCAUAUUGUAGUAGCUUUGUUAAUGCUUAGUAACGUCAAUAUCUGUAAGCACGAAUUUUCAUCCAAGAUUCGUUUAGGAUCUAUGUAUCGGGUGUAGUUCGUGAUAGCGUUUUACGCUAGCGUAAUUAAAAAAAAAAUACGCGGCAAAGGUCGUCGGCCAUCGGGAGAAAUGAAAGGACUUGGUUCUCGACAACGAACGUCCUACGGAAAUGGCUAAGUUCCUGUCAGGAAGCAAAGGAAGGAUGGCAAAAAAACCGUAGAUGAAUAAUAUGUAAAUUUGAUGUUAAACAGGCUCAUAAAGUAGAGAUCUAUUCGAUUCAUUAACGAACUAUCUCGCCCGUUUGUGACCGACGAUCGGCAAUUAGCACGACAACGGCUACACCGUGAGUGGGAUGUCCUUUGCCUUGUAGCACUGCUACAAACGAUAGGUGCAACGUCCUCCGCUCUCUAAGCCUUUUGUGCAAUAACUUCUAAUUGAAUUCUACGCUGGAUUUGCCUUAUUUUAUAGCGCCUGCCACUGCAUGGCAAGCGAACCUUCAGCGACAGUGCACUGACCGACCGUGGACUGACUUACAAGCCAAUCAUACACUCAUCUGUUGACACUUUGACUACCUUCAUCUCCGAGAGUACCUGCCUUAUGGCAAUUGUCGUCUACUGUUGUGCAUCAUCGACUUCUACUCUACAAGAUGACCAACUCCUUAGUAUCAUUUCCAUCUAAUUCAAAAUCAUCAUUUAUCAACCAUGAUUUCCAUCGAAACGUUCAGUGCGAAACAUAUGGAUCGAGAUGGAAAUUGUGUCCAUGUGUCUCCAUGUGUGUGUGUGUGUGUUUGUACCGCGAAGAUGAUGUGCAGACAUUCCGAUACCAGAUCAUUCCUCUCUCCGUGGCUGCUAGUGCAUGUGCGUGUUAGCGACUCCCAUGCUCGCCCAAUCGCCUGGCACGUUCAAUGUGGUCUAUGUUCCCUCGAUGUUUACUCGCGCGGCGUUCUGGUGCAUCCGAGGUGUGCAGGAUACAGCUACCAAACCUGCCGUAAAAAAGACCCUCCUCGGUGCACCUCCUCCUCGUCCUCCUCCUCCGGCUUGUUCUUCUGUUCUCGGUUCUGGUUGGUAACGCUUUAAUGUGUGAAUCAAGACUCUGUAGCGUGUGGUGCACACUCGCGUAACAGAUGAUAACGCUUACUGCCGAGUGGUUUCGUCGAGUUAGAUCGAAGCGAUUUUAGAUGCUAUCGAAUAGCUUGAAUAGUAUAGCGUUGCAAGUAGUUGCCACUUAGUGCUGCCCUAGCAUGAUUCAUGAUAGUAUCCAAGAAUGGCUUCCAAUUGAAAUUGAUUGAAUAUGGGUGGAGUAUUAAUCAACCUCCAAUAAAAAAGAACCCAAGUUAUGUUCGUAUCCGUUCAAUAGCUUUGCCAGUAGUAUUUGUUUCUAAAUUCAUUUAAAAGAAAAAUCUCCAGGUAUUCCUUCCAUGAUGAUCGCUGCGCUGCUGUCCUUCGAUUUCGCAGUUUUGCUCUCAAUGCUAUGCACGGCCCGCCCGCCCGCCCGGUAGUCCCUCGGUUUCCGCCAGCUAACAGCUCGAUAGUGUUGCCUUUUCCCGUUCCCCCGAUAGUGCAUUCUGCAGAGAGUUUGAAUGAGUUUGGUUUGAAACUAGGAUGAACCCCAUCUUUGUGAUACAUGAUUGUUCUUUUCCAGAAGAGAAGAUUGCUAUCCCACAUCGUACAGUCGUCCGUCCUCCAACCCAUGACAACAACGGCAGCGAUGUUGACUCAACUGUGCUAACCGUAUCCAUUCUUUCUCUCCUUCUCUAUCUCUCUAUUUCUCUCUUUCUCUCUCUCUCUACCUGUCUCUACCUACCUCUUCCCCAUGGUUUGUUUCAAUCAAUCAAACCUCUGCCUAUUGCAUACUCCAAAUCGUUGUUUUAUCAAAAACUGAAUAGACGAGAACGAAAAUCCAGCACGAACACAUAAUUAGGCCACCGUUACUUCUGUCUCCUUCGGCUCCGUUCAAUUGGUCUAGUUUUACAAUCCGAUCGCUUUGCUGCCCCGUCUUGGUUCGGCAUCCGAAACCGAUCUUCCCACAGGUGCUCUCAGGUUCUGAACCCAA